GCUCGCUCAUAGCAAAAAUUACUUUCCCCAAUUCCAUUUCUUAUUACUUCUCCUCUACCGCAUCUCUGUUUGGUCUUUCCUUCUUUCCUUCACAUCUUCUCAAGCCCUAGCCAUCGCCGCCACCACCCACGAGUGCACCACGCUGACCACAGCCACCACCGCGGCACCGCCACUGCUACCCUUCAGGCCUCAUUCGACUGCAAUUCGACUUCAUUCGAGAGAAACCUUCUUCCUCUCGAAGCAAUUCGACUGCAACUCGCCUUCGUCGUUGGCUCAGCUGUAUUCGGACAGAGGCUUGGCUUCCUCCACAGUGCGUCUUAAGGACUGCUAACCAUCUUUCUUCCUCCAUGGCGCAUCUUAAAGCCCUCAAUUUGAUUUCCAAUUUAAGUUGGAUCAUAAUAUGGAUAAGUUUGCCGAAGAUGUGUCUUCACAGCUAGGUAGGACUGGUGCAAAUUCCACUAGUCCUAUGAAUAUCAUUGAUACAGAGGGUGGAAAUGACAACGAGAAAGAGUUGGAAUACUCUCUUGGCGAUGAAGAAUUAGGAAGCGAAGAGGAGCAAUUAGAAGGUGAUACACAAGCACCUGUUCAAAGAUCAAACCAAGAUGCUAUUGAAGGUGAUACUUUAGACGCUUUUAAUAAGAAAAAGAGAGCCAGAAAAUCUGAAGCAUGGGAUGAUUUCGAAGAUGUGGAAGUUGGGCCUCAGAAGAAAAUUUACUCAGAGUGUAAGCAUUGCCAGUCUAGAUUCAAAAAGACGAAGAUCGGUACAACUUCAAGUUUAUUAAGGCAUCGGAAAAAUUGUCCAAAACGAUUGGAGAAGCUCAAAAUAAUAGAGGCACACCAACAAAAACUCAAUUUUCCAGCCACUGAUUCUAGCUCAAAUGCUCAUUCCCUCCUUCAUACUGGCAAGUUUGACAUGGCUGCCAUGAGACAAAGCGCAGCUGAGUGGGUGCUUAUGCAUGAGCAUCCCUUUUCAAUUGUGAAGGAAGAUGGCUUCAACUUAAUGAUGAAAAAGGGGAUGCCUGAAUGGCAAAAAAUCAGUCGGACUACCAACAAGAAAGAUUGUCUUUCUGUGUAUGAGAGAGAAAAGCAGAAAUUGAAGCAUUUGUUAAGUAAAGUCAAGAAAAUCAGCUUGACCACAGACCUUUGGAAGUCCAAGAACCAAAAAAUUGAAUACAUGGUUAUAACUGGACAUUGGAUUGACAGCCAGUGGAGAUUACAAAAACGGGUUCUCAACUUUGUGCAUGUUCCCCCUCCACGUCCGGGCAUUGGCAUUGCAGAUGCUAUUUACAAAUGCAUGUUGGAUUGGGGCAUUGAAAGCAAAAUUUAUACAGUGUCAGUUGAUAACGUGUCAAAUAAUGACACCGCACUACGAUGUUUGAAGGACACCUUCUCGAGAAACAAGUGCUUGUUGGCCAAAGGAAAGUUAUUCCAUGUGAGAUGUUGUGCUCACAUACUUAACCUGAUGGUUCAAGAUGGCCUUAGUGAAAUUGAAGAAAUAAGUCAUGACAUAAGGGCAAGUGUAGAGUUUGUAAACAAAACUGAAGGGAGACGAUUGAUCUUUGGUGAAAUUGUACACCAGCUACGAUUGCCUGAAAGAGUGCUGAUUUAUGACUGCAAAACAAGGUGGAAUUCGACCUAUGAGAUGCUAGCUUGUGCUCUCAUGUUCAAUGAGGUGUUUUCGAGAUUCAAAGACAGAGAGCCAAGCUAUACUUUCUGUCCUUCCACAGAAGAUUAGGAAAAGGUAAAAAAGGUGUGCAGUAUUUUAGGAGUUUUUUGAAAUGCGACUCAUAUAAUAUCUGGGAGUGAUUAUCCGACAGCUAAUUUAUAUUUAAAUGAAGUUUGUCGGAUAAAAACGCUUCUAGAUCGCAAAGCAAAUGAUGAAGACAGCUUUAUUCAAGCAAUGGUUUGGAAGAUGAAGAUGAAAUUUGACAAGUAUUGGGGUGAGUGUGACCUAAUGAUGUCCAUAGCAGCCAUCUUGGAUCCUAGGCUCAAGAUGCGAGUUAUCAACUACUUCUUUCCACUGAUAUAUCCUUCACAUUAAGUGCAAACGAAUAUAAAUAAAGUCCGGCAAGCUUUGUAUGAUUUAUAUGCCGAGUAUGUGGAGAUGCAUGUUUCAAGUUCAAAAGAUUCUGGAGGAAGCUCUCAAGUAGUGACAAAUGAACCAGGUAGCAAGAGUAGCAAUAGUUCAUCCUCUACAAUGACACAUGUUACUGGAAUGUGUGAAUUUCUAUCUCACAUUGCUACUGUGGAACCCGUUCAACCAGAGAAAAAUGAGCUAGGUAUCUACUUUGAAGAUGGCCUUCUCAGUGCUACGGAGAAGUCGAGCCUGGAUAUUGUCAACUUAGAUGCUUUGAAAUGGUGGAAAAGCACAACAAAAUACAAGAUUUUGCCUAAGAUAGCUGCAGAUAUUUUAGCCAUUCCUAUUAGCACCGUAGCUUCGGAAGCGACAUUUAGUGCUGGAACUAGAGUGCUUGACUCCUACCGUGCUUCUUUAGCUCCAGAAACUGUAGAGAUGUUGAUGUAUGUUGGGGAUUGGUGUCGUAGGCUACACGGGGUGAAAAAAAGGGAUAAGAAAAUGAAGUCAGCACAAGAGAUUUCAUUGCCUAUUCCUUGAACUUUUUCAUGUUUUAGCAGCUGCAGCUUAUUGGUGCAUUAUUGGCUGUAGGUGCGUUUUUCCACCUACAUUUUCAGUACCAAGAUUGUUGGAGCUGGGACUAUGAAUCCUCUGACAUUUCUAAGAAGAGAAGAAGUUCGUGACUUCAAUGACUUCAAUGACUGUGCUUAGUUUGUAAUUUGUAAUUCAAUAAGUUUCUGUAGUAAGAAGUUCUUGGUCUGCUUUUGGUUGUUAUUUACUUAUUAUCUGAUAUUAAAUUUUGUGACCGAGAAUGUUGAACUUGUAUGAAGUGUUGGGCAUUUAAAUUCUAGACUUAUAUGGCAUGUAUUUCUAAAUUUAUGAUUGUAUUUAGUGAAAAAUUUGUAGGCCUUUUUUGAUUAUGAUAAUGUGAAAAAUUAUGGUCAAUUAUAGGCAUGAA